GCCCGGCCGGGCUGAGCGGAGCCCACACCUCUCUUCCCCGGUGCGGGUGGGCAGGGAAGGGCCCGGGGCGCCCCAGUACCUACGCAGCCAGCCGUACUGACGGGGUGCUUCGCUCGGUUAUUCUUCCCCUCCCCCUUCCCGACGAGGUUCGUCGAGGGGUAAGGGGAAAGAGACGCCCAGGGCGAAGCGGAGAACAGUUAAUGACCAGCCACAGCCACUGCCUCCAGGGCUCCCGAGCCACACACCAGUCACUGUGGGUGCCAGAAGAGGUAACAUGGCUUGUUGGCCUCAGUUGAGGUUGCUGCUGUGGAAGAACCUGACUUUCAGAAGAAGACAAACAUGUCAGCUGCUGCUGGAAGUGGCCUGGCCUUUGUUCAUCUUCUUCAUCUUGAUCUCUGUCCGGCUGAGCUAUCCACCCUAUGAACAACAUGAAUGCCACUUUCCAAAUAAAGCCAUGCCAUCGGCAGGGACGCUUCCUUGGGUUCAGGGGAUUAUCUGUAAUGCCAACAAUCCCUGUUUCCGUUACCCAACACCUGGGGAGGCUCCUGGUGUUGUUGGAAACUUUGACAAAUCCAUUGUGUCUCGCCUGUUCUCAGAUGCUCGGAAGUUUCUUUUAUUCAGCCAGAAAGACACCAGCAUGAAGGACAUACACAGAGUUCUGAGAACAUUGCAUCAGAUCAAGAAUUCCGGCCCAAGCUUGAAGCUUCAGGAUUUCCUGGUGGAUAAUGAAACCUUCUCUGGAUUUCUGUAUCACAAUCUCUCUCUCCCAAGGCCAACUGUGCACAGAUUGCUGCAGGCUAAUGUCAGUCUGCACAAGGUAUUUUUGCAAGGUUACCAGUUGCAUUUGACCAAUCUGUGCAAUGGAUCAAAAUUAGGAGAUACCAUUCAAAUCAGUGAGCCAGAAUUUUCUGAGCUUUGUGGGCAACCCAGGGAGAAGCUGGAUGUGGCAGAGCAGGUGCUUCGUUCCAACAGGGACAUUCUGAAGCCGAUUGUGAUAGGACUAAACUCCACAUCUUCCUUCCCAAUUCAGCAGCUGGUGGAAGCUACUAGAACUUUAUUGGAUAGUCUUGGAAGUCUGGCCCAAGAGCUGUUCAGCAUGAGGAGCUGGAGUGACAUGCGGCAGGAGGUGAUGUUUCUAACCAAUGUGAACAGCAGCAGCUCCUCCACGCAGAUAUACCAGGCUGUGUCCCGUAUCGUCUGUGGCCAUCCAGAGGGCGGGGGACUGAAGAUCAAGUCUCUUAACUGGUAUGAGGACAACAACUACAAAGCCCUCUUUGGAGGCAAUGGCACGGAAGAAGAUGCUGACAGCUUCUAUGACAACUCUACAACUCCUUACUGUAAUGAUCUGAUGAAGAAUUUGGAGUCUAGUCCUCUUUCUCGCAUUAUUUGGAAAGCUCUCAAGCCUCUGCUUGUUGGAAAGAUUCUGUAUACACCUGACACUCCAGCCACGAGACAGGUUAUGGCUGAGGUGAACAAGACCUUCCAGGAACUGGCUGUCUUUCAUGAUCUGGAAGGCAUGUGGGAAGAACUCAGUCCUAAGAUUUGGACCUUCAUGGAGAGUAGCCAAGAAAUGGACCUUGUGCGGAUGCUGUUGGAAAGCAAAAGCAAUGACCAGUUUUGGGAACAGCAAUUAGAUGGCUUAGAUUGGACAGCCCAAGAUAUCAUUGCAUUUCUGGCCAAACACCCAGAGGAUAUUCAGUCCUCUAAUGGCUCCGUAUAUACCUGGAGAGAGGCUUUCAAUGAGACCAACCAGGCAAUCCAGACAAUAUCUCGCUUCAUGGAGUGUGUCAACCUGAACAAGCUGGAACCCAUACCGACUGAAGUCCGACUCAUCAACAAGUCCAUGGAGCUGCUGGAUGAGAGGAAGUUCUGGGCUGGUAUUGUGUUCACGGGUGUCAGUCCAGGCAGUACUGAACUGCCCCGUCAUGUCAAGUACAAGAUCCGAAUGGACAUUGACAAUGUGGAAAGGACCAAUAAAAUCAAAGAUGGGUAUUGGGACCCUGGUCCUCGGGCUGACCCAUUUGAGGACAUGCGGUAUGUCUGGGGAGGCUUCGCCUAUCUGCAGGAUGUGGUGGAGCAGGCAAUCAUAAGGGUGUUGACUGGUACUGAGAAGAAAACAGGUGUCUAUAUGCAACAGAUGCCCUACCCCUGUUACGUUGAUGACAUCUUCCUACGGGUGAUGAGCCGGUCGAUGCCCCUCUUCAUGACACUGGCCUGGAUUUACUCUGUGGCUGUUAUCAUCAAGGGCAUCGUGUAUGAGAAGGAGGCACGGCUGAAGGAGACCAUGCGGAUCAUGGGCCUGGAUAAUGGCAUCCUCUGGUUUAGCUGGUUCAUCAGUAGUCUCAUCCCUCUACUUGUGAGUGCCGGCCUACUGGUUAUCAUCUUGAAGUUAGGAAACCUGCUGCCCUACAGCGACCCCAGUGUGGUGUUUGUCUUCCUGUCUGUAUUUGCGGUGGUGACCAUCCUGCAGUGCUUCCUGAUUAGCACACUCUUCUCCCGGGCCAACCUGGCGGCAGCCUGCGGGGGCAUCAUCUACUUCACGCUGUACCUGCCCUACGUCCUGUGUGUGGCAUGGCAAGACUAUGUAGGCUUUGCAGUCAAGAUGUUUGUGAGCCUGCUGUCUCCUGUGGCUUUUGGGUUUGGCUGUGAGUACUUCGCGCUUUUUGAGGAACAAGGCAUCGGUGUGCAGUGGGACAACCUCUUUGAGAGUCCUGUGGAGGGAGAUGGCUUCAAUCUCACCACUGCUGUCUCCAUGAUGUUGUUUGAUACCUUCCUCUAUGGAGUGAUGACGUGGUACAUCGAGGCUGUCUUUCCAGGUCAGUAUGGAAUUCCCAGGCCCUGGUAUUUUCCUUGUACCAAGUCUUACUGGUUUGGUGAAGAAAGUGAUGAGAAGAGCCACCCUGGUUCCAAUCAGAAAGGAAUAUCAGAAAUCUGCAUGGAAGAAGAACCCACGCAUCUGAAGCUGGGUGUGUCCAUUCAGAACCUGGUGAAGGUUUACCGAGAUGGCAUGAAGGUGGCCGUUGAUGGCCUGGCACUGAAUUUUUAUGAGGGACAGAUCACCUCCUUCCUGGGCCACAAUGGAGCAGGGAAGACAACCACCAUGUCCAUCCUGACUGGCUUGUUCCCUCCCACCUCGGGCACUGCUUACAUCCUGGGGAAGGACAUUCGCUCUGAGUUGAGCACCAUUCGGCAGAACCUCGGUGUCUGUCCCCAGCAUAAUGUCCUGUUUGACAUGUUGACGGUGGAAGAGCACAUCUGGUUCUACGCCCGCCUGAAGGGGCUCUCAGAGAAACACGUGAAAGCAGAGAUGGAGCAGAUGGCCUUGGAUGUUGGUUUGCCACCCAGCAAGCUGAAAAGCAAAACAAGUCAGCUGUCAGGUGGGAUGCAAAGAAAGCUGUCUGUUGCCCUGGCCUUCGUGGGAGGAUCCAAGGUUGUUAUUCUGGAUGAGCCCACAGCUGGUGUGGACCCUUACUCUCGCAGGGGAAUAUGGGAACUACUGUUGAAAUAUCGCCAAGGCCGUACCAUCAUUCUCUCUACACAUCACAUGGAUGAAGCAGACGUCCUGGGAGACAGGAUUGCCAUCAUCUCCCAUGGGAAGCUGUGUUGUGUGGGCUCUUCCUUGUUCCUGAAAAACCAGCUGGGAACAGGCUACUAUCUGACUCUGGUCAAGAAAGAUGUGGAAUCUUCUCUCAGUUCUUGCAGGAAUAGCAGCAGCACUGUGUCUUACCUGAAAAAGGAGGACAGUGUUUCUCAGAGCAGUUCUGAUGCUGGCCUGGGCAGCGACCAUGAAAGUGACACGCUGACCAUCGAUGUGUCUGCAAUCUCCAACCUCAUCAGGAAGCAUGUAUCUGAAGCCCGGCUGGUAGAAGACAUUGGACAUGAGUUGACUUAUGUGCUGCCAUAUGAAGCAGCUAAGGAGGGAGCCUUUGUGGAACUUUUCCACGAGAUUGAUGACCGGCUCUCAGACUUGGGCAUCUCUAGUUAUGGCAUCUCAGAGACUACCCUAGAAGAAAUAUUCCUUAAAGUGGCAGAAGAGAGUGGAGUGGAUGCAGAGACUUCAGAUGGAACCUUGCCAGCAAGACGGAACAGGCGGGUCUUUGGGGACAAGCAGAGCUGUCUGCGUCCAUUCACUGAAGAUGAUGCUAUUGAUCCGAAUGACUCUGACAUCGACCCAGAAUCCAGAGAGACUGACCUGCUCAGUGGAAUGGAUGGCAAAGGCUCCUACCAGGUGAAGGGCUGGAAACUGACCCAGCAACAGUUUUUAGCUCUUUUAUGGAAGAGGCUGCUGAUUGCCAAAAGGAGUAGGAAAGGAUUUUUUGCUCAGAUUGUCCUGCCAGCUGUGUUUGUCUGCAUUGCUCUGGUGUUCAGCCUGAUCGUACCACCCUUUGGCAAGUACCCCAGCCUGGAACUUCAGCCUUGGAUGUACAAUGAGCAGUAUACAUUUGUCAGUAAUGAUGCUCCUGAAGAUAUGGGAACCCAAGAGCUCUUGAAUGCCCUCACCAAGGACCCUGGCUUUGGAACCCGUUGUAUGGAAGGAAACCCAAUCCCAGACACACCCUGCUUGGUGGGCGAGGAGGAAUGGACCACUGCUGCUGUUCCUCAGACCAUUGUCGAUCUCUUCCAAAAUGGGAACUGGACGAUGGAGAACCCCUCUCCUGCCUGCCAGUGUAGCAGUGACAAAAUAAAGAAGAUGCUGCCUGUGUGUCCUCCAGGGGCUGGAGGGCUGCCCCCUCCACAAAGAAAACAGAAUACUGCAGACAUCCUUCAGAACCUGACAGGAAGAAACAUUUCAGAUUACUUGGUGAAGACAUAUGUUCAGAUCAUUGCUAAAAGCUUAAAGAAUAAGAUCUGGGUGAAUGAGUUUAGGUAUGGAGGGUUUUCCCUGGGUGUCAGUAAUUCUCAAGCACUUCCUCCAAGUCAAGAAGUUAAGGAUGCCAUCAAACAAGUGAAGAAACACUUGAGGCUGGCCAAAGACAGUUCUGCAGAUCGAUUUCUCAGCAGCUUGGGAAGGUUCAUGACAGGUCUGGAUACCAAAAACAAUGUCAAGGUGUGGUUCAAUAACAAGGGCUGGCAUGCCAUCAGCUCUUUCCUGAAUGUCAUCAACAAUGCUAUUCUCCGGGCUAACCUGCAGAAGGGAGAGAAUCCUAGCCAGUAUGGAAUCACUGCUUUCAAUCACCCCCUGAAUCUCACCAAACAGCAGCUCUCAGAGGUGGCUUUGAUGACCACAUCGGUGGAUGUCCUUGUGUCCAUCUGUGUCAUCUUUGCGAUGUCUUUUGUCCCAGCCAGCUUUGUUGUGUUCCUAAUUCAGGAACGGGUCAGCAAAGCAAAGCAUCUGCAGUUCAUCAGUGGGGUGAAGCCUGUCAUUUACUGGCUCUCCAAUUUUGUCUGGGAUAUGUGCAAUUAUGUGGUCCCUGCUACACUGGUCAUUAUCAUCUUCAUCUGCUUCCAGCAGAAGUCCUAUGUGUCCUCCACCAACCUGCCUGUGUUAGCCCUUCUACUUUUGCUAUAUGGGUGGUCCAUCACACCUCUCAUGUACCCAGCUUCCUUUGUGUUCAAGAUCCCCAGCACAGCCUAUGUAGUACUCACCAGUGUGAAUCUCUUCAUCGGCAUCAAUGGCAGUGUGGCCACUUUUGUGCUGGAGCUCUUCACCAACAACAAGCUGAAUAACAUCAACGACAUCUUGAAGUCUGUGUUCCUGAUCUUCCCCCACUUCUGCCUGGGGAGAGGGCUCAUUGACAUGGUGAAAAACCAGGCAAUGGCUGAUGCUCUGGAAAGAUUUGGAGAAGAUCGCUUUGUGUCACCACUCUCUUGGGAUUUGGUGGGGCGGAACCUUUUCGCCAUGGCCGUGGAAGGAGUGGUGUUUUUCCUCAUUACUGUUCUGAUCCAGUACAGAUUCUUCAUCAGGCCCAGACCUGUGAAGGCAAAGCUCCCUCCUCUGAAUGAUGAGGAUGAUGAUGUAAGGCGGGAAAGACAGAGAAUCCUGGAUGGUGGAGGACAGAAUGACAUUUUGGAAAUCAAGGAACUAACUAAGAUAUACAGAAGGAAGAGGAAGCCAGCUGUUGAUAGGAUUUGUGUUGGCAUUCCUCCUGGAGAGUGCUUUGGACUCCUGGGAGUGAAUGGUGCUGGGAAAUCAUCAACUUUCAAGAUGUUAACUGGAGACACCACUGUAACCAGAGGUGAUGCUUUUCUUAACAAAAACAGCAUCUUAUCAAGUAUCCACGAAGUACAUCAGAACAUGGGCUACUGCCCUCAGUUCGAUGCCAUCACAGAGCUGCUGACUGGGAGAGAACACGUGGAGUUCUUUGCUCUCUUGAGAGGAGUCCCAGAGAAAGAAGUUGGCAAGGUUGGUGAGUGGGCAAUUCGGAAACUGGGCCUCGUGAAGUAUGGGGAGAAGUACGCUGGCAACUACAGUGGAGGCAACAAGAGGAAACUUUCUACAGCCAUGGCUUUGAUUGGUGGCCCCCCGGUGGUGUUUCUGGAUGAGCCAACUACAGGUAUGGAUCCCAAAGCCCGAAGAUUCUUAUGGAAUUGUGCCCUGAGCAUCGUCAAAGAGGGGAGGUCGGUGGUGCUGACGUCUCACAGCAUGGAAGAAUGUGAAGCUCUUUGCACUAGGAUGGCAAUUAUGGUCAAUGGGAGGUUCAGGUGCCUUGGCAGUGUCCAACAUCUGAAAAAUAGAUUUGGAGAUGGUUAUACUAUAGUUGUACGAAUAGCAGGGGCCAACCCUGACCUGAAGCCUGUCCAGGAAUUCUUCGGACUUGCCUUUCCAGGAAGUGUCCUAAAGGAGAAACACCGGAACAUGCUCCAGUACCAGCUUCCAUCCUCAUUAUCUUCUCUGGCUAAGAUAUUCAGUAUCCUCUCCCAGAGCAAAAAGCGACUCCACAUAGAAGACUACUCUGUUUCCCAGACAACACUUGACCAAGUAUUCGUGAACUUUGCCAAGGACCAAAGUGAUGACGACCACUUAAAGGACCUAUCAUUGCACAAAAACCAGACAGUGGUGGAUAUGGCCGUGCUCACGUCUUUCCUGCAGGAUGAGAAAGUGAAAGAAAGUUAUGUAUGAAGAACCCUGUUCACACAGAACAGCCGAAAGUGGGGAAGAGCUCAAUCUUCCUGUGCCCCAUGUCGUGUUCCAGAGGAAAGAGCUGGAAGGUUUUCAUGGGAAGACAUAAACUGGAUACAGUACUGAUACUCUUCAAUGCAAUGCAAUUCAAUGCAAUGAAAACAGAAAUUCCAUUACAGGGGCAGUGCCUUUGUAGCCUAUGUCUUGUAUGGCUCUCUAGUGAAAAAGACUUGAAUUUAGUUUAUUUUUACCUAUGUGAAACUCUAGUAUGGAACCCAGCGGACAUAUGGGUUUGAAGUCAUAUUUUUUUUUUGUUCCUGUGUAUGUAUGUAUUCUCACUGGGAUUGCAACAAAAAUGCAGCAACUAAUCAUGGUCAAUGAUGAUCAAACUCAAAGGCUUACACAUCCUCAGCCAUUAAGGAAUGCCAGGCCAGAAGAAUGGGUUCCCAGUGACACAUCCAUUGCUGGCAAUGAGUGUGCCAGGAUUACUAGUGCCAAGGUGCUCAGAAAGUUUGAAGCACCAUGGUAUAUGUACCACAUUUUGGUGAAAUUUUCCCUGCUCAAGAGUAGAUCAACAUCAUUAACUAUCAGGUGAUAAACUGGUGCUGUGUGUGACUAAAGGCUGCUUUGAUCUCUUUGGUGAGCUGCCGUGGUGGCUGCAAUGUGUAAGAUAUGGAUGUCUCUAAACACAGGAUACAUGGCUCCAUUGUUACAUUGUGCCAUGUUUGGAGCCAUGGUUCUCUAGGGUCAUCCCUAGGGACUGCUUCCAUGUCUUUAGAUACCAGUAAGAAACCUAACAGCUGUAGCCCAACUACAGGAGCUACCAAGCUACUGAGGUCAGAGCAAGGGAUGAGAGAGAUGUUGCAUUCACGUGUAGGGAGGCUUAUGUCUGUCUGUCCUGUUUGUCUGCUAACACGGUACACUGCAUCUCCAGGUCCUUUUUUUUUUUUUUAAUUUGACACAAGUGUGGUAUGUCUGAUUAGUCAAGACAAUGAAAACAGGUUGUAUUUUGACAAAAAUCUUUGUACUAUGAAUGUCAUUUGGCAUUUCAACUUCUUCAGUGACUUUUGAAUCCUUUCAGGGGCCUCUUUGUACAAGCCUGUGGUGUAAAGGAAUCUGGCUACCCAACUUGCUUUGCUAGCUUGAUUUUCCUAGAGUUCGGGGAUUAGACGUCUGACUAGGGCCCAGUGACUAGAAAACGUGAGCAAAAUCUCAUGCAUGAUAUUUGAAUUUGAAUUUCUUUCAGGUCACCUAGAAUGCUUUUAAUUUCAGUCCGUCAAUCAAGUAUUUUGGGGGAAUAUGUUAUCACUGAACAAGUAUAGAUAUGUGAAGGGAUGAGGAGAAAUUGUCAGUAGAUUUUCUGUGCCACAGUCUUCAGAUAAUAAUAAUAAUAAUAAUAAUACUGUUGUUUUGGGAGCCCACUAAGAGAAUACUGUCUAAUCACCCCUGCCUCUGAACUUUAAUUUUUUUGAAUAGUAACAAUGCAAAAGCCAAGAAUGGGUUCACAAGACUAAACAAUGAACUCUUCAAGGGAAAAAUAACUGGUUGUAAACUUGAACACCACUUGUGCUUAUGACAAUUAGUACCUUCAAAUCAUUGACACUGCCGGGAUUGAGACACACCAGUAAAUCCUUGACAAUCUCAACAUUUUCAUCUCUUCAAUCACUAACUUAACAUGAAAAACAUAAAAAGACUGCCACAUGGAAUGUUUUUCAGACUAUUCUAACACAGUCUUUUUCUUUCUUUUUUUUUUUGUUCAACAAAACACUUCAAAAAUAUGACUGCACUAAUGUGAAUGUCACCUGUUUUGAGACAGAAUUAAAAAAUGAGAAGAUGAUUAUUGUUUGGCAGCGUUCAAGUGGUCUCCACAUCAUACUGAUUUCCUCAAUUUUUUCUAAAGUUUAAAUAUUAACUCUAAAGGUAGAAGAUUUCCAAUCUACUUCAAUUUAAAUUUACAGAAUGUUCUUAUCUAACUCAUUGCUUGAAACAAUGACUUAGAAAUCACUGUGAAUAGUUUUCUAAAAUGAUAUUGGAAGCGUAUUUCCAAUAACUAUUGAUGAGAUCACUAUAGUCUCUGUCAUCAUCAAAGAUAAUUGAAUUGUUCCUAUUUUUCAAAAUCUAACUUCUGUUGCAUUUCUUAUCCUAUAUACUUUUUUGUUAAAUAAAAUCCAUGAGCAACUCCUUGAUUUAAUUCCUCUCACUUUAAGGCCAUUUUUUUUAAAAGACAUGUCUGUUACUUAAAAAUUAAACAAUCCACAGUUAGACAUUGACUUUGUUAAUAUUGUUACCUUUAGACUACCCAACUAUAUUUUAUAUUUUUUCCUGUGUAACCCUAAUUUUGGUAGAAUUUUUAGCAAUCCUAUUCUGAGAAUAAAUUUUCUAUAUAUUCCCUGUGGAAGUACAACCAUGUGAGUUUUGGAAAUUCUCAAGGAUUUAGAACUUUCUGUUUUUACAUCUUUUGGGAACCUUGGAAAACUUACUAACUGUGAACAAGCAAAAUACAGAAGAAAAUAGCAAGUCCUCUCUCUGUAAAUAACCCAGCAUAAUUCUUUACUAAAAAACCACAAACAAACCUCAAACUACUGUAUUUUGAUAUCUGUAUGGAAAGUCUAUGUUUUGUGACUAUUAAAUGUUAAACAUCAUUGAUUCACUGUAUAGUAAUCAUUGCUUAAAGGGAGGUGUCUGUUUUUUCUUCUUCUCAUGGUUGUAUAUAUCAGGUAAAACUUCUCCAAAGAGCUUUGUGCCAUGUAAUAGUGAACCACUUUAAUACUGAGAUAUUAAUUUGUACUCUUAUUACUAUUUACUAGUAGUAAUGGAAUACCAUAGUAACAUUGCUCUAAUUUUUUUCCAAAAUCACUGUAUCUUUUUUUUCUAGAAUGUUUAUUUCCCCAAUAAGGGUUAGGUAAGCUUUUAUCUCUUCUUAAACUUGAGGUUGAAGCCGUUUUUGUGCUUUUUCUUUACCCUCAGCCCUUCAUUCCAAGCACUUUAUGCUGUCUGUAAUGGAUCUAUUUUUGCACUGGAAUAUCUGAGAAUUGCAAAACUAGACAAAAGUUUCACAAUAGAUUUCUAAGUUAAAUCAUUUUCAUUAAAAGAACAAAAAAACUAGAAAAAAACAUUUGUAUGUCAGUGACUUUAUAUGACGUAUUAAAAAGGCAUAUUUCUAUGUUGUAAUGAGUCACAAAAUAAAGCUGUGACACUUCU